AUGGCCCCUUGGGACUCCACUGCCUCUGGGAGGUCCCCUAGGGGCGCCGCUGUCCCUGAGAGGGACCCUGCAGGCACCACCACCCCUGCCAGGGCCCCCGAAGGCGCCAACGCCCAAAGAAGGCCCCUGGAGGCGUUAUCGCUCCUUGGAUGGCCACCACCCUUGAGAGGGCCCCUGGGAGCACCAACGCCCCUGGAGGGUCCCCUUGGGGCAAUAUCGCCUCUAGCAAGUCCCCUGGGAGCGACUCUGUCCCCGGGAGAGCCCAUAGAGGAGCCACCGCUCCUGAAGGGGUCUUUAGGGAUGCCACCGCCCCUGAGAGGGCCCCUGGGGGCGAUGCUGUCCCGGGAGAGACCCUAG